UGGGGACAGAGCCAUGGGGACACUGUGGGGACAACGCCAUGGGGACACCGCUCUGGGGACAUCGCCACUGGGGUGCUAUAUGGGGACAGAGCCAUGGGGACACUGUGGGGACAACGCCAUGGGGACACCGCUCUGGGGACACCGCCACUGGGGCGCUCUGUGGGGGCACCAUGGGGACACCGUGGGGACACAGCCACGGGGGACACUUUGGGGACACAGCCAUGGGGACGCUGCUGUGGGGACCCUCUACGGGGGCACCGUGGGGACAUGGCCAUAGGGACAUCACUUUGGGGACACCACCACGGGGACACGGUCACGGGGACACUGCGCGGGGCACCAUGGGGACAGCCAUGGGGACAGCCAUGGGGACAGCCAUGGGGACAGCCAUGGGGACACCCCGCACGGCCGUGUCCCCGCAGCUUCCAAGUGCGGCUGUGUGUCUCCGUGUCGGGACGCCGCCUCCCUCACAGCGUCCGGCUGAUGGCAGAGCUGCAGCUGGACCGCCUGAAGCAGAGGGGACACCGCAGGGUCCUGUUGCUGCGGGGACAGCAGGCGGCGUGGCAGCAGGAGGUGACCUUGGCUCCGGGGACGUCACCGCAGUGCCACGAACUGGCUGCGUACCUGAGGGACGAAGGGGACUUCAGGGACAAACUGAGCCCCAUUGUCACCAGCCUCAGCCUGGCGCUGCCGUCCCCGCAUCCCCACGGCCUGGGCUUGGUGCUCUAUGGGGACACCCACGUGCAGGCGCAGACCCACAUCAUCCUGGAGGACUGCGGCGAUGACAACGUCUGUGUCCCCGACCUGCGCCUCUCUGCCCACACGCCGGACGCACGGCUGCGCAUCGGUGAUGACAAUGCGGUGACACUGCGGGUCGGGGCCACCAACGCGGGGGAGGGGGCUUUCGAGGCCGAGCUGUGGGUGCAGCUCCCGGAUGGCAGCUUCUAUCAGCGGGCACUGAGUGACACACAGGAGAAGCUGAGCUGCAACCCCAGGAAGGAGAACGGGACCCACGUGGUGGUGUGCGAGAUGGGCAACCCCAUGAAGGCGGGCACCGAGGUGGCUGUGGCCAUGGAGCUGAGUGUCACCGGCUUGGAGGACGCGGGCGAUGCCAUCACUUUCCAUCUGCAGCUCAGGAGCAAGAACAGCCCCACCGUCGCCGCGGCCGUGACCGUCCCUGUGGAAGCGCACGCAGAGAUGGAGCUGAGGGGCAUGUCCCUGCCUGCCACCACGGUGCUGCCCACGGAGUGGCGGAGGGCUGGGGACAGCCGCCGGCCGGAGGACCACGGGGUGCGCGUGGAGCACGUCUACCAGCUGCACAAUAAGGGCCCGGCCGCCGUCACCAACAUCACCCUGAGCCUCCGCGUCCCCAUCGCCACCGGCGGCCGCACGCUGCUGUACCUCCUGGAGAUGGGCACCGAGGGCGGCGUCACCUGCGUGCCACCCCCGGACCUCAACCCCAUGCAGCUGGAGGUGGGCCAACCCACGGAGGAGGAGCAGCGCAAUGGGACACGGCGACGGGAGCGCAGGGAUGUGGGGGACGAGGAGGAGAGCGUCAGUGUGGACUGUGGCAAUGCCAGCUGUGCAGAGGUGUGGUGCCAGGCGGACAGCAUGGCGCAGGGACAGCGCGUGUUGGUGGCCGUCCGUGCGCUGCUCUGGAUGGAGACCCUGCAGCUGGAUGACCACCCCCAGCACCUCUCCAUCCACUCAUGGGGUUCCUUCAACACUUCAGCCAUGCCGUACCACAUCCGGCCCCGCACGCUGCCCCACGGCAUUGCCACGGCUGUCACCGAGGUGCUGCGCUCCCGGCCCGUUGCCGUCCCGGUGUGGUGGGUGGUGCUGGGGGUGCUGGCGGGGCUCCUCCUGCUCGCCCUCCUCGUCCUCCUGAUGGGGAUGAUGGGGUUCUUCAAGAGGACGCGGCCACCGGCGGAGGGGGACAUGGGGGAGGGGGCAGCGGGACAGGGCCAGGGCCCGGAGAUGGGGGACGGCCAGGGGUAGGGGAGGGGACCCCGCGUCCUGCCCCCCCAUGUCCCCCAUGUCCCCCAUGUCCCCCAUGUCCCGUCCCCACCCCGUGUCCCCAAUGUCUAUGGGUUCCCAGUGUCUCAAGCACCCUACGCCUGCCCCAUCCCUGCCCCAGUGUCCCCAACAUCUGUGGGUUCUCAAUGUCCCCGUCCCUCCCCCAGUGUCCUCAGUGCCCCACUCCUGCCCCAAUGUCCCUAUAGCCCCCCCCAGCGUUCCUGUCCUAUUGUCCUCAACAUCUGUGGGUUCCCAGUGUCCCCAUAGUCCUGCCCUAAUGUCCCCAACCCGCUCCAGUGUCCCCACCAUCUAUGGGUUCCCAAUGUCCCCCUUCCCACCCCAAUGUCCCUGUCCCAUUGUCCCCAACAUCAGUGGGUUCCCAGUGUCCCCAUGGCCCCACCCCACUGUCCCCAUCCCCCCCAGGUUCCCAUUGACCUCCCCCCGCCCCCA